AUGGGUUGGCGGCCCUUCGCAUGCGGAGGCUGGUGGGCGGCGAAAAGAGCUCGUCAGUGCCUGACGCUGGCGGUGGCGGCUGUCGGGGGCACGCUGCUGCUGGUCGUCCAGCUGCCCCAUCGGUCCCUGCUGCAGGACAUGAUGCCUCGCAUCACACUACCGCCGUCUGAGGAGUGUCCGGCUGCGCCGGUGAUCUCGGCCCACUCGGCCGGACGGCUGGGCAACAACCUGGCGGAGUAUGCCACCAUCUACGCCCUGGGACUCAGGUACAACUUGACGGCGGUGGCCACGCCGUCCUUGCUGCGCUUCAUACGUCACGUGUCCCCCAACACGACACUCCCUGUGGUGAGUGACGCGUGUGCCGAGCAGCACUCGCCGAUCCUGGUGGGCCCGUUCGAGGAGCUCAGCGACGAGGAGCGGCGCGCGCACAGCUGGCGCAUCGAUCAGUAUCCGCACCACGUGCGGCUCUUCUGGCGCUACCGGCACCAGCUGCGCGACGAAUUCGCCAUCAGGCCGGAUCUAUUUCGGGACGCGCAGCUGCAGCUGCUGAACGUGAGCAGAGGCCGAACAGGGCUGACGUUCGUCGGUGUGCACGUGCGAAGGACAGACUACGCCUCCCACCUCAAGGUAAACAUCAUCAUCGCUACAGUUGCGCUCGACAGUGACAUGAGCUCCUCGGUUCCACCUUUCAUCGCAUAA